CUCUUCUUUUCUCCCAAUUAUUUAAAAAAAAAAAAAAAACUCUCAUCAAGAGUGCCCAUAUAUACAAUUAAAGGUGUUUUGAUUAGAUUUGUGGUUGUGCUCUCUGGAUCUUUGAAGAGGAGGUUAAAAAAGAAGAUCAAACUCGAAGCUGUUGUUUCUCUUUCUGGGUUUCUGAAGUAGAGUCAGAAAGAGAAAAUGGAUGAAGGAAUUGGGGAAUCGGGGUAUUGGUGUCAUCUGUGUUUACAAAGGGUCAAUCCCAUCAUGGAAGUUGAGAUCAAAUGCCCAUUUUGUCAAAGUGGGUUUGUUGAAGAAAUGGGGACUACAACUAAUACCAACAAUCAAGAUCACAACAUCCCAGAUACUGACUUUGGAUCUCACCGUGCCCUCUCGCUUUGGGCACCGAUCUUGUUUGGUAUGAUCGGGCAUUCACGUCCACACCAUAGGCGAUUCAGGAGAUCUGAACUUGAAGAGGAUGAUAAUGAUGGUGUUAAUAAUUAUAAUGAUCAUGAUGAGUUGGAUAGCGAACCUGAUUCCAUUUUGACUAGGAGAGGAAUGAGAAGAAAUUCUGCUAGAUUUAUGCAGUUUUUUCCAGGAAUUCGAGCUGAAUUCGAGUCUGAAAGUAAUGUAUAUGAUAGGGAUAGAGUUAGGGAUAGGGACAGGGAUAGGAAUAGGGGAAGGGAAAGAGAGCGCUUGAUUAUGAUUAAUCCGUUUGAUCAGACCAUCAUCGUUCAGGGUUCUUAUGAUGGUCAUAACCAGAAUCAUAAUCAUGCCACCAUUGGAUCUCUGGGUGAUUACUUCAUUGGUCCUGGCUUGGAUUUGUUGUUGCAGCAUUUGGCCGAAAAUGAUCCAAAUAGAUAUGGGACACCACCAGCACAAAAGGAGGCUGUCCAAGCAAUGCCUAGUGUGAAAAUUAUAGAGACAUUGCAGUGUUCAGUGUGUUUGGAUGACUUUGAGAUUGGUACUAAAGCCAAGGAAAUGCCUUGUAAGCAUAAGUUUCAUAGUGAGUGUAUAUUGCCAUGGUUGGAGCUUCAUAGUUCUUGUCCAGUUUGUCGGUAUCAAAUGCCUGCCGAUGAAUCCAAGCUUGAUUCUGAAAGGUCAAGGGUUAGCAGUAACCAAAGGGAAACCGAGCGUAGCAGUAAUAGUGGUCAUGGUACCAGUGAAGAGGCAGAUGGGGAAGGGAGAAAUGAGAGUGGCCGAAGGUUUUCUAUCCCAUGGCCUUUUAAUGGUAUGUUCUCUUCCUCAAGUUCACGUUCUGAGGGGAACAAUUCAACCUCAAGCUCAGGUUCUGAAACAAAUGAGAAUUGAGUAAGUUUCACAAAGUUGUUGUAUAAGCUGGUUGUUGUGUAUGUUGCUUGAACGUUGUUAUGCCUGUGUCUAUGUACACAUACGUGCCAAAUUCGAAAUUUGGAAGAAGAUAUGUUGUUGUUGUUGUCAUCUGCUUAUGCCUUUGUACAUAUUUGUUGGCUUAGAGAGGAAAUUAUGAUGCCACUAUUUCAUUUCCA